GAUUAUCAUCGUGAUUUUGCGUAACGUCAAUUUCGCGUAAUAUUAUUAUAUUUUUUUUUCGUGCAAACGUUUUCUUAUAUUUUAACGUUUUAUAAAGUGUAUUUAUUACCAGGAUGAGUAUUAUUAAUUUACCAAGUUUUGUACAAUUAGGACAAUGUGCAGGAAAAAUAUUACGUUUAUCUACACGAGCUAUUUCAGUGAAAGCACGUACCAAUCCUUUGGAAAAACCAAAAACUGGUAUAUUAAUGUUGAAUAUGGGAGGGCCAACUAGUGUAUCCCAAGUUUAUGGAUAUUUAUUACGUAUUAUGACAGAUCGUGAUAUGAUUCAGUUACCAAUUCAAAGUCAACUUGGACCAUGGAUUGCUAAACGUCGUACACCUGAAGUACAGAAAAAAUAUUCUGAAAUAGGUGGUGGAUCUCCUAUUCUAGAAUGGACUAAUAAGCAGGGUGAAUUGUUAUGUAAAAAAUUGGAUCAACUUUCACCAGAAACUGCACCACAUAAAUAUUAUGUAGCUUUUCGUUAUGUCGAUCCUCUUACAGAAGAUGCACUUAAUGAAAUAGAAGAAGAUGGAGUAGAACAUACAAUCAUAUUUUCACAAUAUCCACAAUAUAGUUGUGCCACAUCUGGAUCUAGUUUUAAUGCUAUACAUGCAUUCUAUAAAAAUAGAGAAUUACCAAAAAAUAUGAAGUGGAGUAUAAUAGAUAGGUGGGCGACACAUCCACUUUUUGUCAAAACUAUUGCACAGAGAAUUAAGGAUGAGCUUGCACAUUUUCCUGAUGACAAAAGAAAAGAUGUUAUGAUUUUAUUUUCUGCCCAUUCUCUUCCAUUAAAGGCAGUAAAUAGAGGAGAUCCAUAUCCUUCUGAAGUUGGAGCUACGGUUCAGUUAGUUAUGCAAGAAUUACAAUUUUGCAAUCCAUACAGUUUAGUAUGGCAAUCAAAAGUUGGACCUUUACCCUGGUUAGCUCCAUUUACGGAUGAUGCAUUAAAGGGUUAUGUAAAACAAGGAAGGAAAAAUUUUAUUUUAGUACCUGUUGCAUUUGUUAAUGAACAUAUAGAAACGCUUCAUGAAAUGGAUAUCGAAUAUUGUCAAGAUUUAGCAGAGGAACUUGGAAUUGAAAAUAUAAGAAGAUCCGCGGCACCGAAUGAUCAUCCAUUAUUUAUAGAUGCUUUAACGGAUAUCGUUGUUAAUCAUUUACGAUCAAAACAGAGUAUAAAUCCGAAAUUUUUGACCCGAUGUCCUCAUUGCGUGAAUAAAAAUUGUGGACAGAGUAAACAGUGGUUUGCUGAAAUUUGUAGGUCUUAAAACUAAUGUAAUGCUAUAAACUAAGUUCUAUAUUUAAGUAUUAUAUUUUUUUAUAUAUAUAUAUGUAUACAUAUGUGACUAUUUACUUCGCAAGUUAAUAAAUAUAUUUGGGAACGGA